UCUCCUGCUAAAAAAAAAAUCACCCUGCCCCCCCACCCACUCCUCCUUCGCACCUUGCCUGAAUUCCUUCGCCACUUGUCGGCUUCCGUAGUCUCGUUGGGCUCGGCUCCCCGAACGGGACUUGGGCGUCAUGCCGGCCACACACCUGCGGUCCGGUCCGUUUGCGUGCCAGGUGCUUCCACUCUGAGUGGGCUUUUUACUCCCGUGGGGGAGAGGAGUGGAGGGCAUGCCCCCCGCGCCCCUCCAAGCGGACGAGAAGAAGUAGAAGAGGAAAGACGGGAGGGAGGAAGGAAGGAAGGAAGGAGCUGCAUUAUGUUCGAUCAGGCCGCGAUGGGCGAUGGGAGCCCCCACCGCUGCGGAGCCAAGCCGCUGUGUCCGGAGCGUGCGGACGCCAAGUGCCGCUCGCCUCUCCACAGCUCGUCCGACACCCCCGGCACGUCGUCGUCCACGCCAACCUCUUCUAGCGAGGACGGCCACGACAAACUUUUAGGAGUGGACCCCGACUACUGCCGUAGGAUCCUGGUCAGGGAUGCCAAAGGCACCAUCCGCGAGAUCGUGCUGCCCAAGGGCCUGGACCUGGACCGGCCCAAGCGCACCCGAACCUCCUUCACGGCCGAGCAGCUGUACCGGCUGGAGGUGGAGUUCCAGCGAUGCCAGUACGUGGUCGGCCGGGAACGCACCGAGCUGGCCCGACAGCUCAACCUGUCCGAGACGCAGGUGAAGGUGUGGUUCCAAAACCGUCGCACCAAACAGAAGAAGGACACCAGCAAGGAUUCGGACAAGCGCACGUCGUCUUCUUCCGAGUCUUUGGCCACCUGCAACAUCCUGCGUCUCCUGGAGCAGGGGCGGCUCCUGUCGGGCCCCGCGCCGCCCACCCCGUCCCCCCUGCUGGCGCCACCGCACCUGGCCAACGGUUCUCUGCUGAGCGGCGGCUCCAGGGGCGGCUCCUCGGCCUCGCCCCGGAUGGGCGGCGGCAGCCCCCCCGGCUCGCUGGCCUUUGGGCUGCCCCUGCACGCUUUGGGCGGCACCCCGCCGCCGCCGCCGCCGCACUCCCUCUGCUUCUCAGUGCCUCUGCUAGGCGGCGCCCAUCACGAGCUGACCUCGGCCUACGGCUGCGGCUCCUCGGCCUUCGAGCCGUAUAUGAGGAUGGACCGCAAGGAGGCCGAUCUGGGCGGCAAGAAAACCGUUUCCUAAAGUGACUGGAGCGGCGUCGUGCUGUUUUGAUCCGCUUUUGUCCGCUCGCUGUGCGAUUGCGAGCGAGGUGAGCGCGCGAAUGGCAGACAGGACGGCGUGGAGUGCUUUUCGUGCUGUGAAAUUUCAGAAGAAAUGCUCAGGCUGUGUUUGCAAUCACUUGGCCAUCUUGUUCAAAUGCGCGCUGAGUGCAGUGCCUCGGGAAGGGGGAGUGGCUCGGGGGUAGCGCAUCCACCUGACUGUGCUUUGCGUGUCAUCAAACCUUUGCCACUUUCCAAUUCUUAAAGUCCAGUGAAAUCAAAGUGGAAAUGGACUUCAUGAAAUGUGAGUUAGUCACAUGUUAAUUCAAUCAUAAAUAAGUCAUAGAGUGUCACAAAUAAAUGAAAUAAAGAUUCGAAUUCACUAAUAAAUAAGUAAAUAAUGAAUUGUAAUAAAUCAAUUCAUUUCGUGAAAAAAAUGGAUAAAAUUGCUCAAAAGAGGUCAAAUAAAAUUCCAUAACCAACGUGAAAAUACUGUUUAGUUUGUAAAAUGAUGCACAUGAUCAAAAUUCGGGGAACAUCAAAUGCGUGAUUCCAAACACAGCCUAUGCCAGAGAAAAAAAAGAAAGAAAGAGAAAUUGUAGCAUUUAAUUGUGUUAUUUAAAUAUGUUUGUGGUUCUUGAUUUGCUUGUGUUUUGUGCGUGAACUAAUCCUGUGGUAGCUCCCGUUCUGAUCGUUUGCUUAAAAAGACAGCUGAAGCGCAACAGCUCAGGCCAACGCUGAGCCCGUUUGCAAACAUCACUUUCAUUUACUUCCUUGGCGCCGACUGCCGUGGCCGCCCGCCCGCCCGCCGGCCUCCCUUCCGUUGUCGUGCUUCAGCACAGGCCACUUUUCUUGAAUUCAUUCAAUUUUACACCCAUCCUUGCCAUUCACUAUCCCGCGGGUGUGGGGGGGUCCAAUUGUAUGACCUUUGGCGCCUGCCUUGUGGCAUCUCUGGCCGAAAUACGCACAUUCCAAAGAUUAGGCCCAAUUUCUAGAGAAGGUUCACUUCUAUGAAGAAUCCCGCAGCACAUUUGGCCUCGGGUUCUGAUGGGAUUUGUUGCUCUUCACGUUCCAAGCACUUUAUGUUUGCGCUUCCUUUGGAGCCGCCGCAACUCAAAUGCAGUUUCCAUUCUUCACCUCCGUUGGACUGGCCGGCCUUCAGUCACAGCCUCGCAAUUGCCAAACACUUCACCGGGAGCUCUGGACUUCUUUGCCGCUUCUGGAUGUAGGAAGCAGUCCUCUGAUGUGUGGACUUUUUAUUUUAUUAUUAUUUUUUUUCUGGUUUUGAAACAGGCAGCGAUUGUCCGUAAGCGCCCUCCCCUCAAAUAUCCAGCGCAAGAGGCAACGUUGCCUUUUGCGUGUUCCCAAAACCUGUUGCAUGUGAGGGCGGACCUCAGGGACACAAUUCAGGAUUACACACACACACACA